AUGUCGUCCUACUCAACAGUUUCAGAAUCUCGGAGUGUGGGCCGGCCAUUAACAGAUGCCUUCGUCGACCUUUAUUUCAUGAACUACAUCACCACCAUAGCGGCUGACGCAGUGCCUUAUUUGCACCAAAGACCAGAAUACUCCGCAAAUACAUGUAGCUUCAUUGCAAAAGGUCCGGCAACAGACACUCUGCCCUGCUUGUCGUCCUUUGUCCGCACUCUCGUGAUAACAUUCAAGUUACCUAGAGCCGUUAUGAUUGCGUCUGCGAUAUAUCUUGGUCGUUGGCGUCUUCGACAUCCUGGAGCAUCUGGACCCGACCCCAGUGCUCCAUAUUGCUUAGUCCUGGCAUCUAUGAUCAUAGCCGUCAAGCAUCUGUACGAUGAUCCUCCGCCUAAUGCUCGAUGGGUGAGGUUUCUGAAGAAGAGUGGUAUUCACUAUUUCACCUUGGAGAACGUCAACGCGAUGGAAAUUGAGAUGCUGUACGACCUGAGGUGGAAUGUCAAUAUGUCUUCUGCAGAUGUACACAGAGUUUCGGAGCCUGUCCUCUUUGUGCUUGGGAGCGAACUGCUUAACUAUGCCCAACAGUAUUAG